AAAAAAAGAAGAAGGAAAGAAAAGAAAGCGUUGAUAUGGAGGAAUUCAUGGACGUUGAUGGGAUUGAAUUUAUCCAACAAGUGAAUCAAGAGAUUGCCAGUCUACGUGCUCAUCAAACGAACAGUUCUCAAUUUUACAAAGGCGAUUCACUUUCAACUCUUUUGUUAAAUGGAUCACAUUCUAAUGAUUCCUCUUCACCUGUUCAAUCCCAACCGUUGGUUUCACCAACAGGAAUAGAGCAGUGUCAUCAAGUAAUCGUAUUGGAUACCAACUUCUUAAUCUCCAACCUUGGUUAUCUACAGUCGCUUUUGACUAAGACUGCUUUACAUCCUAAUGUGAUCACCUUGGUAGUCCCUUGGGCUGUUGUUCGUGAAUUAGAUGGAUUAAAGUAUGCAAAGUCCAGGGACAAAAAUGGUGGUGCUACCUUGGGAGAAUUGGCGCGGACAGUAAUGAGGUUUCUUGAAAAAGAACUUCGCAACAAGACACCCUGCUUAAGAGGACAAAAGAGCAAUGAAAUAUACGAUCCUAAAGCAAAAAAAGCACUUGGAGACGAUUCUAUUUUGGAUUGUUGCAUGUACUUUAUGCAUAGCGUGUCAAAAUAUGUAACUCUUUUUUCCAAUGACCGGAAUCUUUCUAUCAAAGCUAUGAUCCAUGGAAUCGAUACUCUUUCGUCUGAGACGAGGGAUAAAAUGAAUACUUUUCUUGUGUGCGCAUCAAAAGGUCUUUUACCCGCUUUAUAUACCGAGCAGCCAAAGGUCCCUGAUCAACAAACGUCAAAAUGGGAACCAAAGCGAAAAAACAAAAAAAAACCAAAAGAUGGAUCUGUAAAAACACAGACAGUUAGCCAGGCACAUGAACUCAAAGAAAACAAUUCUAUGGAAAUAGAUCAUAAUCCCCCAGUUGAGCAAUUUCAAUUUAUCGAUGAAGAUGUUGAUAUGAUGGAAGAUGACAUGGAAAAUACUCUGGAAAAUGUUGACGCUUGGAGCGAAUUUCCAGAACCAGCAGUAUCAGAGACUAUUAUACCAUCCCAUCCUCUGAAUAAGUUAGAUACUUCAAAAGAAGAUCGAUCUAUAUGGACCUCUAAAUAUGCUCCUAGACAACGAUAGGACAAUAGAAAUAAUAUAUAUAUAUAUAUAU